GUAUUAACCAGCUUUGUAGAACACAUAACUUAUAAACAAGGACACAAAGCACACAUUUUACAAAGAUGAAGGUUUUUCACAUUGAAAGAAAUAAAAAGGAUCAUUAAUGACAAUAAUCAACAGGAUCUCUGUUGCCUCCAAAUCUUAGCAAACGGUAACUUACAAAUGACUGCACUGCAACCUUUGGAGAAAUUAUUUGCAGAAAUAAAUAGGAAAUUAAGUAAGAAAUAAAAAACGAGCACUCAAUAACAAGGGAGGCGAGAUCAGUAAGGCUGAGCAUUUUUAACAACAACAACAACAACAAAAAACGCUCUAUAAAUCAAUUUGCCUGUGUUUUCCACCUCAGGUAUGUUUUAAUCAAUUUGAGCUCUGGCAAGUUCCUAUGGGCUCCUGUCGCUGUCACUGGGAGAGCAACAGCAAUCCGAAGGUCUACAGCUUGAGUUCACAACACCCCCCGUUUCAUGAAAUACAGGAGAAACCGUUCGCUAGUUAUGUGGAUCUUACAGUCUCGAAACCACAUGAAAUACAAAUUAUUGUGCAUUAUUACUCUUAUUGUGCAUCAGUACAACGACUUGAGAGCACCUCUGUUUUUUUGCAACUUAAUUGUUAUUUUUUUUCUUUCCAUUCGCAAUGUUUGGAUCACGUGGAUGAAAAAAUAAAAUAAAAAAGGGCUUAUUUUGGUCUUUUCCGUGUUUCCCCGCUGCUCUCCUGUCGCUUUCCCCUGGUGUCCAGGACACAGAGGGGAGGGUGUCUUGUCGUGGGGCGUGGGCUCUGGCCCCCGGUUCUGAACGGAGGCUCUGUGCGGGUCCGGUGCCAGCAGGCAGGCAGCUCCUGGCCCUGCACAGGGCACAGGCACAUCGGAGAGCCUCACCUCUGACCCCGCGUAGCGCCCUCAGCCCUAAUCCCUGUGCCUGUCUGGUCUCGCCUCUCCCAGCUGCCAGGAGAACAGACUCCUUCGCACUGUGCGGGGUUUCGGUCGUGCUGAACGGACAAUUUCGGAGCGCAGCCCUUGUGCUCGACUCCGGCGGGGGUGUCCCCUCUGCAGCGCCGCUGCGUCUGGUGGAAACGAGCUGGUGCUAUAAAAGGGACACCGAGGUGCGGGGCUUUUGCCGGUGGCUUUCUGUCGUUUUCUGCAUUCCUGCAGGUGCUCGUUAACACACUGCCUGUUCGACGUUUCGACGCAUCUGACAGCUGAGCGGGUGGACUCGAGCAUCUAAACCGUUCUGGGUACCGCAAACACUGGAACCGAUGAACACCACAAACGGCGCUCCGACUAUCCCCCCAGUUUGCGAACCCGUGAGGCCAUUUCUCAUUUCGCCUGACGUCUGUGCAGCGGGGAUGAACGGGUUCCCUCUUGUAAGAGUAUGUAGAGGCCUAUAGAAACGCAAGUAGUCAUCACGACCUGCCCCCAGACCUGCGGUUGCCGUGGCAACAGGCCAAGCUUCCGCGCCGGCCCGGCGAGUCGCCCCGAGAGCCCGUGUGUCUCUCCCCCGUGCGCAGGGCGGCAUGUCGGGGCGUCGGGGCCCGGGAGGACCGGCCGGAUUUGAGCAGUACUUCACGGUGUUCGCCGGCUCCUCGGUGGAGGACGUGUCCUACGCCAAGCUCUUCUGGAGCUCCGCGUCGCUGAACCCGCCGCUGGAGUCCCGCCUGGUCUCCGGGGACACAAGGCAGCGCCUCCGCACAGCCGGCGGCCCGCAGGCCCAAGCGAGUGCCGUCCACGGUCUCCAGACAACGGACACCAGAUGCGAGGAGUUCCUCCAUGAAGCCUACCUGCAGCAGAAGGCCGAGGAGAAGCAGCGCUACCUGGAAAAGGCUAAAAAGAGGGAAGAACUCCUAGCACUUCUCCAAAAGCAGAGGGCGGACCGCAUCAGGAAAGAAAAGAUAUCCCAACCAUAUAGGCCAAAGAACUCCAUGGAAGCCCAAAGCCCUCUCCGCCCCGGGGACCAGCUGGAGGAGGCCCUGGCCCAGGUUCGAGCGCUGCACUGACUCCCUGGGGAUCGGCCGAGCCUUUGCCCUCACCCCGCUGCCCGACCUCGCAAUGCCAGGUUCGACCCCCCCUCCCCGCUCACCAUUACACGCGCAAGCCCGUUCCUCUCUCCGUUUCGCUACACGUGCGAAAGGGUUCGCCUUGAAACGGGCACCUGUAACUUCAUGGGAUUAAACGCCCACCGUAGCCAGCUCUCGGCUGAUGCCCCUCGUCCACUCUCGUCCACUCUCGUCCACUCUCUCCUCAGUUUGUCCUGCCCCUGUCAGGGAGAGGAUAGGGUGCCAAAAACAAGUAAAAGCAUUUGUAAGGAGUCCCUCUGCCCCUGUCUGUCCACCAAAACUGUUUAGUGAAUAUAAUUAAAAGUAUCCCCUCAUAAUCUUAUUCACUCAUCAGUUAAGUGCUGUUUUAUAUGAUUUUAUUUUCCUGUUUGUGUUUUAUGUGACUUUGCGUGGCUUUUAUGUUUUACUUGGUGUGUGUCUAAUGUUGGGUGUCCUGUACUUCUUCUGGGAGAAGACAAAGACAGCUGUAGACAACAAAGUAUCUGUCAAUAGAUAUUUUUGAACAACACUCAGAGAGAGACUUAUUUUCUGAACUGUCCUAUGGUUUUUGUCAAGACGCCCUUGUCCCCUGUUUAACGAGUCACUGCUUUACCCGGGGGAAGUAAAGGGUCGCCGGAAUCCCCGCGGUCGCCUGUAGCUACCCCAUCACGAAGGACGUCAUGCGACAAAGAGCUUCGCAUGAAUGUUCAUAUAAUAAUAAUAUUGUGGCCAGCGAGUGUGUAAAGGCUAUAGUUGCUGCCAUGUCUGAAGUUCUUGCGGGAAACAGCAGCGGCACAGUCCUCACGCAGUACCGGGGCUGGAGGGAGAGCAGCCCGGAGAUGGGAGCGUCAGCCGGACUCGGGGCCAGUUCGCCCGCCACAUCUGAAGCGCCGCUGGAGAGCGCCCAGUCCAAACACGGCGCGCCGAACCAGCGGCCAGCGGCCAGCCCGCGGCCCCAGCGGCUGUGGAAGAAGACGAGCAGACGCUGCUGCCGGACAGUCCUGCCCCUGCCGCCCUGUUGCGCCACAUUAACAUUAACAGCCCGGUUCUGCUACCAGUCAUCUGGGAGCUCGACCAGCGAGACGAAGACCGGAGACACGAUGUACUUUGGUGUCAGAAGCACUUCUGUUCUGUGUUAAAGUGUCCCUGUAUCAUGUUUAACUUAUUUGUGUUUUCACAUUUCCAAUCCCCCGCUCUUUUUCAUCCUUAAGUGUUGAUUUUGACAAACUACUUAUAAGCUAGUUUACUUAGAGUAAACAACCACAUUUUGAACAUAUUACCAUUACAAUUUUUAACAUUC